GGAGUCGCCACCCAUCCCACGACUUCACAAAUUGCUUAUCUGUCAGUGCCCGACUCGGUUCCGCGAGUAGGCACUCUCUUCAACCGCAGACGUCCAGCGACCGCCAGGGGCUUCGACUGUGCCCUACGCCGUCGCAGGAUUAGUUGCGGGCUAAUCUGUGCAUGACUACGCUCCAUGUCCACUUUACUCUCAGAAACCAGCAGGCCUUCCAGCGCCUGCUUGAUGCCUCCCGUGCUGCCGCCAGCGCGCAGACCAACCAAGGACCCGCCCUGAGCUCAAGUGGAGGUCGUUCAUGGAAUAAACCCAGUCCGUUAUCAGCUGCUGCUGGAAACCUAGCAAACGUGUGUGACGUCAACGCGCGAGAUUGGCUCGGACGCACCGUCCUCCAUCUCGCGGUGUCUUCGCUCGACCCGGCGGCAUUCGAGUUUGUCAAGCUUCUCCUCACUCAUCCCAAGAUCGAUGUCAAUAUCGCAGAUCGGGAAAGCCACUGGACACCGCUUCAUAGAGCGCUAUAUGCGGGAAACCUUCCAGCGUCCGUGCUUCUACUUCAGCGCGGCGAUAUUGACGUGUCACUUAAGGAUUACGAAGGAUAUACUGCAUUUGACGUUUACAAUUCGAGCGUUGAGGGUACAAAGCCGAGCAGCACAGAAGCCACUGAUCUGUACACUUGGGGGACGAACAGGAAUGCCGCACUUGGCGUCGUUGAUGGUGACGAUCGCACCUUUCCGGAGUUGGUUCCCAUUCCACCACAAAGAGAACAUGCUGAACCCCAGAAGCUCUCGAUAAAGGAGCGGUUUCAGCCAAUUCGGGCCGAACGUAUUGAUAUGGCUAAAUUGCAUACCGCAGUUGUCACUUCAGAAUUUCGUGCAAACCUCCGUAUAUGCGGUUUUGGAAGUGGUGGCCGACUUGGGUUCGGGAGUGCACAAUACAUCCAAUAUGCACUCGCACCUCUGAAAGAGCUGUCUUCUGAGGCACAGAUCGUUGAUGUUGCUCUUGGCCAGGAUCAUACUCUUGCGUUGACAAAGACUGGUGGGGUCCUCAGCUGGGGUCUAGCUCGCUUUUCCCAAUUGGGGUACGCUCUUGAUGCCAGUCAGACCAUGCAAACCGCUCCACGGCGCAUAGUCGGUCCGCUGAAGAAGGAACACGUCAUUGGCAUUGCUGCAUGUCGGACCGCCUCCGCCUGUUGGACGCACAACGAACUCUUUACUUGGGGAACCAACGGAGGUCAGCUUGGAUAUGAUCGCACCGGGACGCCCGUUCAGGUCCUCCCGAGGCGCGUAACUCAGAUUACACUUCCCGUUGUCGAUGUUGCACUAUCGGAUGGUGCGAUGGCAGUCCUGCUAGCAAAUCACGAUGCUCAUUGCUUCCAUAACGGACGCACCUUCAAGAUCAACUUUCCGACGCAGAGUUUUCCUUCGGAGAUCCAGGUGUAUAGGCCGCCAAUGAGUCAGAACAACGCUAGUAUUGCGAAGGUCGUCAGCUGUGACACUACUUUUGCUGCGCUGUCAUCAAACGGCGAAGUGUUUACCUUCAACCUCAAUCCUCCACCCUCUACUCCAGCUGCAGACACAGGACCAUCACCUGGAAAGAAUACAGGCGUGAAUGUGAGACGUAUUUGGGCGCUUCGGAAACAGUUCACCGCUGUUAAGGAUGUCGCAUUGGGGUCAGAUGGUACUAUCGUGUUAUGCACCGAGUCCGGACACGUCUAUACUCGUGGCCGCACGAAUAAAACAUCAAAGUUCACUCGUGUACCGUUUCUUCAAAGAGCAGUGGCUGUUGCUGCAAGUAGCGCCGGCGCCUUUGCUGUGCUGAAGGCAGAAUGUUCACCUACUCCGAUAUAUCUAAGAGGUAACUCGGUUGCCGAAGAUAUGGAUAGGGUUCAACCGUAUUUCUCGUCCUUCGGAGAACAUGAGAGGCAAGUGGGUUACAGCUCAGAUGUAGCAACUCCACCAUCAUCUGGAGGACAUACGGAACCUCCGCAAUCAGCAUCCGACGAUGCUAGUACGGAAGUCGACGACGACACGGAGGAAGCGCCUAUCAAGCGGGACAUCAAAGUGCUCAUGCGGUUGCUUGAGUUGAUCAAACGUGAUGCACUAGCACGAAGGGUAGAAGGGAAUGGAAUCUUCGAAGGUGCAAACCUGGGACAUGGUGCAGAUCUUUUCAUCAAGGUCGACUCUGGAUUCGAAUUUCCCGUUCAUCGCGUUAUCUUUUCUGCACGCUCGCGAGUCAUGAAAGGUGCACUUCUAGGUCAGGUUGUCAAGGAUUCUGAUGGGAGGACUCGAUUGCAACUAGCUAAAAGUCAAACUGGUUCUUCUCAACCGGUUCUACGGCUCUUAGGAACACAUCCUCUUUCUGCGCUGAUGCUCGCGGUUUAUCUUUAUACUGACGAUAUACCUGCUAUCUGGGACCGGCGAGUUUUCUUAGCGAUCAGUGACAAGUUUGUGGAAUGCAUGGGAAAGUUAACAGCGACUGAUAUUCGGAAUGAACUCCAGAAACUUGCAACGCUACUUCAUCUCCCUGCUCUUGCUGAUUCACUGAGCGCUCCUGUGAAGCGUCCACCAGCCGAACGGCUGGCCGCUGAUUUGAGAGCGUUACUCGAUAGUGCGCAAAACGAGGCAUCUUGGAAUUAUGAUUCUUCAGGAGCGCAUCCUGUCGCUCCGGAUACCAUCUUGGAGCUGGCGGAUGCACAUAUGUAUUGCCAUUCUAUGAUCUUACGGGCGCGAUCCCCGUUCUUCGCGGAUUUCUUCGAUGAUCCGGAUUGGACUAUAAAGCGUCGACGGCCGAACAAUGCGCUGGCGGUCAACUUGAGGCAUGUGGGUCGGCGCUCCAUGGACUUCGUAGUAGGGUACAUUUAUGCUGGUGGAAAUGAAGAGAUAUUUGACGUACUAGAUUUCGCAGACACGGCCGAUGAUGUAGUCGAGUUUAUGUUUGAAGUCAUAGAUAUCGCAGGCGAGCUUCUUUUGGAUCGUCUUAUUCUCAUUUGCUCGUCUGUCAUCCUUCAUUUCCUUAACAUUAACAAUGCAUGCUCGAUACUAUCGGAAGCUUCACAUUUCUUCGCGGAUCAACUGGUCAAGAGCAUACAAGGCUACCUCUCGCGUAACAUCGAGACCUUGUUAGAAAGCCGAAUGCUCGAUGAUCUUUCGGAACAGCUAAUUCGUCAACUCUCAUUGUUUGUUCGUGAUCUUCAAGCUGAGAAGUCACCCAUGUCGCGCACAGGAAAAGUGGUCGAGAAAGCUUUGGAAGCUUGGAAAGACUGGCUUGUGUUACAGGAUAUUCCGCAACCUAUUAUUCCUGGGCGGAGAACGACUCCGGGAGCAAUUCGCCAUUCACCUAAAUUGUCACCAUUAGCGACUGGUUCGACAACAAGACGGAUUCGAAGGCCAUCCGGGGAGCCGCUGUCCAGUUCGUACAGCCCACCCAUUGAACACCGACUUGGGACGACGCCUCUGUCUGCACCUAUUCGUGAUGCGCCCGCAGAAGUGUCCGACGACAUUUUUAUCAUGGAUGAUGUACGGGACGAGAUACCACCUAUUAGCCUACCUGCCGCGCAGGGGAGUCCGAACGUUGGUCCUGCGAGAGGUCCGCAGGCUCCUGCUUCGGGGACGUAUAGUCCGUGGAAAUCUCGUGUUGCCUCGAGUAAACCGGAUCUCAGAACCAUCAUGGCGGAGGCAGAGGGCCAAAAGACGGUGCCAGCUUCGACGACUCCGCCGGGACAACCCCGUAUCAUUGGUUUCGACGCACCGAGUGCAGGACCGUCCUCAUCGGCGCAUCGUACGCCUCAGAAAUCCGAUACAGCCCAAUCUUCGCAGCCAAGGGCGGGUCCAAGUUCUCCAUGGAGGAUACCCAAAGCCGAACCUGUUGCGGGUAGUGGGCCGUCAGCUAUGCCGGGUAGUCCAACGCUUGCCCGGAAACCACUAGAAUUGCAGACCAGCCCUGCACCUUCAGGUUUGACUCGCGAUCUCCGGGAACACCAGGUUUCGGGGGCCAGACCACCAGUGGCACAGACACCUUCCAAUGCUCCUCAAGUUGGACUUGCUAUGCUCGGUAAAGGCAAGGCUCCCUUAGGCCCGACUUUCACACCUACACGCCAGGCUUUGCCUGUCAGCGCGACCCCCAUGAUUCGGAAAGUUUCAGAGGGAACGGCUAAGGCUUGGGCGACCUUACCAGAACCCACUCCAGAGCCAAAGCAGGCGAAACCCGCGGGCACAACUUCAUCUACCUCACCUCCGUCCUUCCUAGCCAUCCAGCAGCAGCAGGAAGAUCAAAAAGGGGGCUCUUCUCGACCAAAGACGAGUCUACUUGAGAUACAACGUGAAGAGCAGGCACGGGCUGCAGAAGAACUGGCGAUACGUGAAGAGAUGGAGUUCAUGCAGUGGUGGGCUGCUGAGGAGGAACGCAUACGACGUGAGACCCAAGCUCAACCCGGUCCACCUGUUGCCGGGCCUGUUGGCUCUCGAAAGGGAGCCGGCAAUAGACCGAGGGGUGCAAAGAAGCUGGGUCAGAAACCUAAGGCUUCGAUGACUUUCAACGCCCCUAAAUCUGGCCAACCUGGUGGGGAAGGAAGGAGGGUAGAUAAGGUGGGAGAAGUCGUUGCAGGCGAGCAGAAGAUGGGUAACAAACCGAAGCGUGCGAGGCCCAAGGCGAAUUUGAAUCCGUAAUUCGAAUUCAAAUAUGCUGAACGCGGUACGGCCGGAUACAAUUGCUAAAUGAGUUUUGUGAGUCCUAGAACGGUCACUCCAUCCCCUUUCUUCGUAAGGGCGAUUUCGAAUCCUUGAUGUGGUUUUUGGGUGAAAUGGGCAGAGCUGUUGCUGAUCGUUGCAGACAGUCUCAUGCCACUUACUUAUCUUGUUACAUCCAUCUGUGUAACGAGCGGCAGAUCAUCACAACACCAUCGGACAUAUAUAUAGAUUAUAAUUUAUGUUGUAUAACUUUUGCAUGUAAUUUAUAUAGUGGUUUA